AAGCGCAAUUCAAAUUACCUACUGCCUUUUAAAAAAUAAAAUAAAAUAAUAGGCAUCUAAUUAUUUAUUUAGCUCUAAUUAUACCAUUAUAAAUAGGGACAUCUACAAGACUUAGAUUAAAUCAUCCAUUCCACAAUUCAAAUACUUGAGUCCUACAAAAAAAAUUCUAAACUUAAAAAUUCUGUCUACUUUGAUUUUCCAAAGCAAAAACAUGGCUGAGCACCACAAACACCAUGGCCUCUUCCACCACAAGAAGGAUGAUGAGGAGAAUACCCCAGUGGAAGCUGUGAUCCUAAGUGACACCACCACCUAUCCCGACACCGCGUACGGCAGUGGAUACACCGAGACCACUACAACUGCGGUGGUCGCCGACGAAAAAGAUUAUGAGAAGGAGGUUAAGCACCACGGCCAUAAGGAGCAUUUGGGUGAGCUUGGUGCUGUUGCUGCUGGUGCCUUUGCUCUGCAUGAGAAGCAUAAGGCAAAGAAAGACCCAGAGCAUGCUCACAAGCACAAGAUUGAGGAGGAAAUCGCGGCCGCUGCGGCGGUUGGAGCUGGUGGCUAUGCCUUCCAUGAACACCAUGAGAAGAAGGAUGCCAAGGAGGAGAAGAAAGAGCACGAUCAUGAAGGAAAGAAGCACCACCACCUAUUUUAAGUCACUUCAGUUGAGCCCUAAUCAUUUGUAAUCAAUCAACAUUUUUACUUAUUUGUAAGUUCAUUGUAAGCUAGCUCUACUAGUUGUGUGUCUUUUUCUCUAUGGCUUUGUGAUUGAGAUGAUGUUUCGGUUUCUCCACAUCCAUGUAAUCUUGUCGUUUAUAAUAAAUAAUAAUACUACAAUUUCAUAAA